UUCGUCUCGUCCCGGCCUUACAGCUCCCGGCAUCGAGCGCGCCAGGCGCGUUUAAAGCGCUCCUUCUGCAGGGAGUGCGUGCGGUACCGCAGCGGCAAGGGGUGCUUCUGGUCAGCCCUGCGCCUCGCUUGGUCUUGUGCGGGGCGAGCGGGUAAACCGGCUGUGCCUAUUGAAAAGCCGUCUGCGUUUCAAUCUCUUGUUGAAACUUCACCAAGUGACCGGUAAAUGCGUUUCCGUGCUGCUGCUACAGAUCAGCACGUCCUCUUGCCACUUUGCUGGUAGGAUUUGUUUUUAUCUGCCUUUGCAGAAUUAAGGUAUUUCCCCUGCCUCACGCUCUCCUUCAGCUGGACUGCUCAUGAAGUGGUGCUGUAACAAGAGCAGGAGCUGUCUGAAAAGCGACCUGCCAAACACCCUUUUCUCUUUCCCCCAAGCUAGAUCCCUUGCCCAGCUGAUGGCGUUGUCGCAAAAACAGUUGUGAUGGCCCAGGGCCCGGAGCAAGCAGCCGGCUGGGAGACGGGCUGGUAAGAGCUGCUGAGGAUAGCAGUCCUCUGAGCACAUCUCAGGGCUGUCUUCGACUGAAAUCAUUCUUACGAUUUGUACUUCACUCAUACCGACUAAGAGCGUUUCAAAUUAAAUAUUGCCAGGCUGUUAAUGUUUCCCUAAAGGCUGAUUCUGUUUGGAGGAUGAACUGACGUGACACAUUUUAGGGUGUUCAAAGGUAGUUAAGUUAAUGUGAAAAGAACAGUGUAGAUACCUAAUCAGUUUUAGAGUUGCUGAUGUAUCCUUGUGGUUUUCUUUGAGGGUGCGAAAGGGUUAUUAUAAUACAUCAGCAAUACCUGGGGUUUCCAUUGCAGUAUCGUGGGGGGUGAAUUUCAGUGGUGAUAGCAGGUAUGCGUAAAGGACUGGCAUUGUUCUGGGUGUAUGGCACUGACCAAAUCAAUAUUGUGUGCAGGUUGGGGAGUCAUACAGUUUAAGUUGGAGACUGGUGGAACAGUACAGUGAGUUGCUCAGAGGCUGGAAAAAUUGCCCCGCGGUGAGAGGUGUGAGAUCUUAGAGAGCUCUAAGUAUUUUUUAUAGAAGAUUAUUGACAGACCCCUGAAUUAUACCAUGUAAGGGGAAAAGAAAACAAAAAAUGAAAAAGACCCUGAUGCUGAUACUUUGGAGAGAAAGGCUUACAAAAAAUCAGUAGCUGCAAAUGGCUUCCAUCUCUGCGGUGGAUGAGUAAGAAAUGUCCCUUGGAAAGUGGCAGAUUUUUGUAGCUGGUGUUUUCAAAUCAAGACUAAGUCUCUUCCUGGAAGAGUCCACAAUGAUGGCCAGGUUUUGUGCUUGUCGCUGUGUACAACUAAAAUGGAAUGCAGUGAACUGGUGGUCUAUUACAAUCCCAGUUAGUUGGAAUUUGUACUACAAUGUUGUAUUAUUUUAAGGUCCUGAGCGAUAGGAAUGUAUUGGGUUUCACAGGAAUUUGUCAGCAGAGUUGGCCACAGACCCUCAGAGUCCCAGGUCAUUAUCUUUGUUGCUUUUAAUACAUUUAAGUAACAUUUGUUUUUUUUUUCCAAGUAUUACAUUAUCAGAAAAUAUGAUGACAGAAGAAAGGCAUGCAGGUAGCAAGGGGCACUUGAGUCUGCAGUUAUCGUAAUAAACAACAGUGCAAGAGCAAAGGUGUUCCUGAUGUUACGAGCAUAGCAGAGUUGUUAAAAGGAAAUACUGAUUUGGUAAUGACAUUGAAUGUCAGAUUCCUUGUGAACCUGGAAGAAUCAAAGCCUAAAGAUAACAGCAUGUUGGUGUGUUAGGGCUGAUUCCAAAAGGCCACACUGCAGAGCAGCAAAACCUUGGUAGCUAACAGUGUGCUUCACACACAAUUUCAUGAUGGGAAAUACAUUUCUGGGGCUUAACUCAAUUUUGGUUUGCUAACUUUUGUGCUUUUGCUUUAAGGCUAGGACUGAGAGAUCUUUGCAAACCGGUUGAAAACUCUUUAUAAACUUCAGGGGCACUUAAGCGUGUGAAGGGAAAAACUUGGAAUUGGUCUAUUUGCAGCAGAUAUAUGAACUUAAUACAUCUGAACUGAAGUCCUUUAAAAUUGGCAUCUCAAUUCUCUGAAAAAUAGUUGUGGGCAGGCUAAAAGUUGUAAAUAGUGACGGUGUGGGUGUCACUAAAACUGGGAGAUGAGCUCAGGAGCUGGAGAGAUGCUCUGAAAGAUGCUUGGGGUCUCAGUGUUUAGCAUGAAGCAACAGCUGCCUUAGCCUGGGUGUUUGGAUCAAGACUAGUAAAGGCUGCCAGCCUUUCUCUUCUUAGUACCUUUUUGCUUAAGUGUUUUGAGGGAUAAAUCUACUUAAGUGCUAUGCUUAGGGUGACAUUAUAGGAGAGUUUGCAGUCUGCAGGCUUCAUUUCAACAGCCCAGUAACUUAUGUCCAUCAUAAUUAAUCACAAUUAGGCCUGUUUUGGUGUUUUUUUCCAGUAGAAAAUUUGAACUUGAACCCCAAACUUUGUCCCUAUGCUGGAAAUAAUACCUCACAUCACUUACUUUGCUAGAAUAGGUACACCUUGAUGCAGCAUGCUUGAAUGUUUUCUUUUAAUGUGCUCACAUUCGGGCAUUUGAAGCUGAUAAAACACAGUGCACAUUAGUAGGAUUCAUACUUUCUUACUGGGUAAACAAGCAUUUGAUCCCAGAGAUGUUGCUCAGAGUGUAAGUGAAGUGAUUCUGUCAGAACUGCAUGAACUGUACAGCUUGGAGCUUCUCACUGAACAUGCUGAACUUUGAGUCUCCAGAACAGCUUGCAAAAACAGGUUUGGCCAGAGCUUGUCAGCUUGUGAACCCCUGGUGUCACAGCAGGGGACAUUUAGGAUUAGAUGUUUGAGCUUGGCUGACAUCUUAUAGUGUUGACUUCAGAAGGCAUUCCAGUAUUUCCAGAGUAGAGAAAGUAAUUCUCAAGUGCAGCAGCAUUUAGUAUUACCUAGGAUGUCUCCCUUACAUAGUAGGUUGUCAGUGUUUGUACCGAUGGCAAACUGGACUGGUAAGUCUGCUUCUGUUUCUUCUGUGACAGGUGACUUCUGAUACAACCAGACACUUAAGGGAAGGAUUCAUAAAGAGAAGCCUGGAAAGACUAAAGCUGCAAGAACAGGAGUUGAAAAAAAGGAAAGAGAAAAAAAAAAAAAAAGGGGGAGGGAAAAAGAGAAGAGGGUUGAAAGGUGAGGCUGUACUUUAGAGAAUGUCCAUCAGCUGUCUCUUCACAUUUGUUACACUAUUUCAUACCAAGUGGCAUCCAAGAAGGGAGUUGUCAACUGUAAAAACCCAGGCUUUGAGGAAACAGGAAUCCAAGAACUCGAAGCAAUGCCUUAUAGUUUUUAAUUUGUGUUACUGUGGGAAAGAGAAGCAACCUAUCUCAGUGUGUAGGGCAUCAGAUGGAGUCUGUUACGAGAGAGUGGUUGGACUAGAGACAUUCUGAGGUCCUUUCAGACUUGACCAUUCUAUGCUUCUGUGGACCUGGAGUGAAAUCUGAGAGCUGUUGCCCUCAGAUUGCACCAAAGCUUAAGAUUCUGCAUGAGGUUGUUUUCUUGUAUUGUUUAUAUAUUUACUUCUAUUAUUCUAUGCUGCAGCAUCACAAAUCAAUGUCUUUGUGGUUUGAAGUAGAGUUAAUGUGACAGACACUUCUAGGUGCCUCCCACUUGACUGUAAGGUUCAAAGCUAGGAAUGAGCUUUGUUUUUCUGCCUUUCCUUCCACCCAAGUAAAAACUUGUUGGGUUUUUUUUCAUUGUUAUCUUUAGGGCAGUGGUUUUGAAUUUUGUAUAUGAGUAACAGUAGUAUAUAAAAGCUUAGAUGCUGUGGCUAGUCUGCUUGUAUUGCAUCCUACACUGUCACUGGUAAUUAGCCAUGUUACACACCUCCAUGUCUAAAGAAAAGCAAAGAAAAGAAAACCAACAAAAACAAAAAAACACCCUGAAAUUUAGAAUGCUGUGGCAGUUCUGUGGCACAAAUAGAACUUGGUCAGGUUGGAUGGGGCUCUGAGCACCUGGUGAAGCUGUAGGUGUCCCCGCUCACUGCAGAGGGGUUGGACCAGACGCCUUUGAAGGUCCCUUCUAACUGACAUGAUUCUGUGAUUCUAACAUAGUGUAUAAAAUGUUGGAUCUCUGAAAAUGUUGCUAUGCUUCUAUUUUUAAUUGAAUAUCUUCUUACUCAAAUGCUUUAAAGAUAGGAAUUUUAAAUACUUGUGUGAGCACUUUGUUCCUUGAGUUUUCUGGAGUUUUCUUAUCAUAUCAUGUUGGUUGUUUAGUAGAUCUGCUUUCUACAGGACAAGGUUUCAAAAAAGCAGUGGCAGCUUCAUCUUGAAUUUUGAUUGAUCAUUGAAUCAUUGCAUUUUUAUAACAAUGGAAGUGGUCUUGUAACUCUUAAUGUCACCCUCAUGCUAAUCUGUAGGGGAGCUUUGUUAAGGUAAGAAUUAGAUCCAUGUGCUCUGUCUCUGAUUGUGUCCUUGGAGACAAACAAUAAUGUGAGUCUGUCUUCAUGGCAGUGUGCAUAAAGAAAACCCUAGAAUACAAACCAUCAGAAGAGGUAAAUGCAGAACCACUGUGUUCUAAAUGUGUGCAUCGGUUAGACGCAUGUCAUCAACAUGUGUUGUUUCUUUAAACGUGUUAUUAUUGUAACAACCAUCAUUUCUUAUUAGUCAAAUGUGGGUUCUUGGUGACAGGUUGCUUAUUAUUAGCAGUUCAAAGUCUGACAUCCAAUUUCCCAGGACUCCAAGUGUAAAACAAGCGUCAUCUAAAUUGUCCCAUAUUGAUAAUUACCUAGAAAAAAACGUGAUGAUGAACAAAAAGUUCAAGAGAGAAAAAAGAAAGCUAAGCUCAAGAAGAGAGGAGAGGCAGAUAGAUGGAGAUGAAAAGCAUCCCCAAAAGCAGCACAAAGUACCAGCUGAAGAACAGCAGUGGCCAGAGAAUGUGCCUGAAUGGGAAGAAAGGAAAUCCCUGCUAGCUCAGAGAAGAGCGGAGUCUGUCAGACUGCUUACAGUGCUGUUAAACCAUGUGAAAGAUUUUGUGCAGUUGGCAAAUCAGAAAGUGGAUCCUUCACCGGGCGUAAGGAAGAAUGACUCCUUUUCUGAAGCAGCAUUAAAAGCCAUACAUCAGAAACAGAUUAACUCCUGUUAUCUUAUGCACAAAGAUUUGGAACACAAGGAAGAGCUUAAGUGUCAGUUAACCCAAAAAAGUAGCAGCUUAUGUUGUGAGGAAGGAGAUUUGACUGCCUUCUGUGCAUCUACUUCUCAUAUAGUCAAGACAAUUUUAAAUGACCCCGCUGCAGCUCUGAGUUCUGGCAGAUGGACUGGCAGAGAUGCAUACAGCUCCUUUGGCUGUGGAUCUUUACUGAUCACAGUGACUCAAGACUGCAAGGUCAUUGAAUCUCUAGAUGGAAGGGACUGCCAAACACUGAACGUGGUUCACCCACAGACGGGGUCUGAAGAUGGUUACAGAAAGCAAAAGGUUUAUGAGACCGAUGAAUUCAUUCAUUAUUUACUAAACUACUAUCAGACACCAAGCUAUGAACGUGUUUCCCUAGGGACAAAAAACUCUGCAAACAAGUCCUGGUGGAAGAGGGUGGUGUGUGAUGAUGACAGUGGUUUUCACAUCAGCUUGUGUAACAGGCAGGGUCGGCACUUCAGAGAAGUGAGUCUUGUACAAAAUCUCAACAGCAGAAAUUGCGUUGGUGAUGAUAACUGUAGACUAGUGAUCACUGCUGGGGAAUUGGAAUCAACAGACGCAGUGUUGAAAAAUAAGACCUGUGCAGAUAGGCUUGCAAGGAAGCUGCAAAUACAGAGGAAUGACACACUCACUGUUGAUUACUUAUCACAUGCUGAACCAAAUCAUUCUUUGGAUUGCACUGCUGCCGCUCGUGAUGAGGAAUUUGAACAAGAAGAUGGUAGAAAUCAAGUUACCAAACAGUACAAAACUUGUAGAUCUUACCAGUUACAGGACUUGUUGGAAGAGAUCAGUGAUUCUGAGUACUUCAGUGAGGCAUGCAGCGGUGCAAUGAAGAGUGCAGAAAGGAGUGAACAAAUUGACAGCAAUUGUAACAGAGGGUGCUUGCCUGCAAGAGAGAAAGAGAGAAAAUUACUGGUUUAUUUCAAGAAUGUUACUCUGGAAGGUCAAACGAAGGAAAGCAGCAAAUGUGACUUCUGUUCUAGUUCUGCCCAUGAGGGCUUGGCUAGGCAGUGUGAUCAUAACCUUGAAAAGUCAUGCAAGAGGUCUAGCAGUGAAUUAAGACAUAAAGGACAGAAAAGUGAGAGACAUUUCAGGGAAGAGGAGAGAAACACUUACAAAAUGAAGAAAAAGAGGAAAAAGCUUUCUUCUGAUGUUUUAUCUGAUGAAUGUGGCUUUUCAGAGACCGAGAGUUGCAUACAGCUGGAGUCACUCAGAAAGAUAGAAAGAAGAUGUAAUAAAGCAUUCCACAACAAAGUGAAAUUCAAGACACUUCACGCAGGCACAGCAGCACCAGGCAUUACUGCUUCUGACUGCUUUCCACUUCAGGAGACACUUCGGCGCACAGGAGAUGAGAGGAAAUUAAUAUUGAGAAGAGAGAUGGAUGCAGAUGAAAGAGGAUGCCCUCUCUUUCCUCUUGAGAUAAUUCAGACAAAUCCCUGCUCAGAUACUUUCUGUGGAGCAGAGCCCAGAAGAGGAUGCUGAACAGCUACUAUAUAAUAGCUCUUAAGCUCCUUUUAGAAGUGGAAGAAGAAAGCCCUUUAGCCGUUAAAAGGUAUUGGAAGUACUUGGGCUUUUUUUCCUUAGGUAAUUCCUUCAGUUAGAAUGGUCUAACUGGUGUAGCAAGCCACAGAAACAGAAUCUCUAUUUACCUUUUGGAUGCAAGGACCAAAAUUUUCUCCAGGGCCAGACAAGCUUUUGUGGACCAGUUGCUCAGAAUUUGAAGAUUUAUGGAUUCAGAUUUCAGAGAUAAACUCUGAUUGAUAUUUACACAAUUCCCUACGUUUACAGAUACAGUAUUUAGUAAUAUCAAGUCCCUAGAAAAACAAAAACAACAACAACAACAACCACAUAAAUAUAUAAAUCAUAGAGCAAGGAUAUGAAGUGCCUUCUCGAUCAGAUUGUUAAAAUGAUGGAAUUGGAAGCUGUGGGGGACAUUUAUAUGUAAUGGUGGAGAAUAAUAGAUUUCUAAAUAAGAAAAAAAUAUAUACUGUAAUGUUCACAGUGGAAAAAUACUUGUUUAUUAUUCACA